AUGAGUAAAGUUCAACGUGACGUUUUGGUUGAAGCGGUUAAUGAAGUUUUAAAAGGGUCGAAAGUGAAGAAGAGGAAAUUCCGCGAGUCGGUCGAGCUGCAGAUUGCUUUAAAGAAUUACGAUCCUCAGAAAGACAAACGUUUUAGUGGCUCUGUCAGAUUGAAAAAUAUUCCCCGUCCAAAGAUGAAAGUAUGUGUGCUCGGUGAUCAACAACAUUGUGAUGAAGCAAAUGCAAAUAAUAUUCCCUGUAUGAAUGCUGAUGAUUUGAAAAAACUUAAUAAGAAUAAAAAACUUAUUAAGAAACUUGCGAAAGGUUAUCACGCUUUUCUCGCAUCAGAAGCGCUUAUUAAACAAAUUCCACGUAUUCUUGGCCCAGGAUUAAACAAAGCCGGCAAAUUCCCUUCAGUCGUCACGCAUUCAGAACCCCUUGCAGCCAAAGUUGAUGAGAUUCGUUCAACCAUAAAAUUUCAAAUGAAAAAGGUUCUUUGUUUAUCAGUGGCAAUUGGGCACGUGGAGAUGACUACCGAUGAGUUGGUAUCAAAUGUGGCUUUGUCAAUUAACUUUUUGGUUUCGCUUUUAAAAAAGAAUUGGCAAAAUGUUCGCUCCCUCCACAUCAAAAGUACCAUGGGGCAUCCUCAGCGUCUUUAUUAA